AUGCGUUUACCCAUAUUUCGUUCGUCCUCUUCCGACCGGCGCUCCAAAAAGUCCCAAACACCGCCAUCUUCAAUAUCCAGCUCGGACAAGGAGCCAAAGGGGAAGAAGGAUAACGAGUCCAAGUCUGAGAAUCGACUUGGCCACGCGGUCGAUAAUCUAUCUACAUUGUCGUUGUCAACAUCAGCAUACGACUCACCCUCGCCGCUUCCAACAACCCCUAUCGACAACCCUGAGCCUAGGGGCAUGUUUCGCGGAAUCCGCAACAAGGCCAAGGCAUCCAAGGCCAAGGCCAAGGCUGAGGCUGGGGAAGGUUUCUUUGAUAGGGGAGGAUCGGGCGGAUCGACAUCCGUAUCAGAUGCCAAAUUGGAGCAGAUGUUUGAAGACUUGAGAGACCCUGACAAUGACUCGAAGGAUACUUUGGGCGUCGAAUCAACCAUGAACUAUUUGACAAGUCUGGGUCUCAAUCCUGAGAGCGGCGAAAUCUUUGCAGCUUUGGAGCUAGUUCAAGCACCGAGCCUUGGCGAGAUUACCCGCAAGGGCUUCGUGGACGGUUGGAGGGAUAGCCGCACGAGCGCCUCGAAACAGGCCCAUGCCCAACAUAUUCGCAAGCUGGUCGCCCAGCUCAGUGCCGAUCCCACCUACUUCAAGGAAGUCUAUCGAUACGUCUUCACAGUGGGCAAGGAGGGAGACCAGCGGGCCUUAAGCCUCGAGAAUGCCAAGAUCUACUGGCAGCUUCUCUUCUCGCCACCCGGCCGUCCUUGGCAGACAGCCCACCACGACUUUCUCGACCUGUGGAUGUCAUUUUUGGGGGAGAAAUGGACUCGUUCUGUCAACCGUGACAUGUGGAACCAACUGCUUGAGUUUGCCAACAAGUCGUUGGAAGACGAGACGCUGGGUUUCUGGAGCGAGGACGGCGCUUGGCCCAGUGUCAUUGACGACUUUGUAGCUUGGUGCAAGGACCAUGGUGUCGGCAAGGCCGAGGGCGACAUGGAGCUGGAUUCAUAG